UACUCAGAGUCAGAAAGUACCUCCUGAGUUGAACCCUGCAUAUAACUUGAGCGCUUUUCAUGUGUCUUUCAACUCUCUCUAAAUCUCUCUCUGUGCCAUUGGACUCUUAUCAUUCUAGCUAGUUUCCAAUGGCAGACUACGGCGGCCAGGGCCUAAACUUCUCUGCUCUCAACUCCGACGACGAUGACUCCGACCACAGCCCCAAGAGCAUGGCCGGCGCUUGUGGUGGAAAAUCAUCAUCAUCAUCAUCAUCCAGGGUGGUGAAGCUCGAACCGGUUUUCAGAAGUCCUCAUCAGCUUAGCGGCGUGGAGUUGAGAGGAAGAGGAUCACCAAGUAGAGCUGGGGAGAUGAUGAUGGUGGCAAGUUCGAGCAGGAAGCCGAGAGGAAGACCCCCGGGUUCGAAGAACAGGCCGAGACCUCCGAUUGUGAUCAACAAGGAGUCCGAGUCGGGCAUGCAGUCAGUGGUGAUCGAGAUCUCUGCCGGGUCGGAUGUGGUGGAAAGCCUGGUGCAGUACGCGCGUAGAAGACGGGUAGGGAUUACCGUGCUCAGUGGUUGUGGCUCGGUCUCAAGCGUGACACUCCGACGCCCUUUGCUCCAGUCCCACCACGCGCCGGCGCCGGCUAUGUCGCUUCACGGGCCAUUUAACCUGCUCAGUCUGUCGGGAUCGUUUAUGGAAUCUCUCGCUACUUGUUCCUUUGGAAUAUCUCUGGCAGGAUCACAAGGCCAGGUGUUUGGAGGGAUCGUCGGAGGCCAGGUCAUAGCGGCGAGUCUGGUUGUGGUUGUGGCUGCCACUUUUCGCAAUCCUAGGUUUCACAAGUUGCCGGCUGGCCCUGGCCUUGCUAGUGGUGAUGAAUCUGAUGAUGAUGAUACUCAGGAUACUAAGCCUUCCUUGUUAUUGGGUGGCUGUGCUACCGGUAGUGUUGUUGUAAAUCAUGCUCAUGAGACUACUAGCUGUGGUUUUGGUGGUGGUUCUGGAUCUGGUUCGAGUAGUGCUACUACUGCGGCGGCCAUCUCCACGUGUGUUUACGGUGGCGGUGUGAGUCCACAGCCCAUGAAUUGCCUGCAGGUCUCUCAUAGUCACCAUGAUCAACUAGUCCAGCCUUGGGGUGGUCCUCCCUCUCGCCCUCCUCUUCCUCCUCAUUACUAGUAUUACUGCCCUUUCUAAUAUCAUCUAUAUACAAUCUCCUUCAAGUUGUUUAGUUGUUUCAUGUCAUGAUCAUCAUCACUGAUCGAUCACCUAGCUAUAGAGUGUCUAUAGCUUGAUCAGUCUUUUGUGUUCGGAAACUAGCAUUUGGUAAGCCGUAUUUGUGACUAGCUUGCGUUAUGCA